AUGAACGCAUAUGAAUCCCAAUCCGAGUCUGAAUCCGAUUCCCACUCCGUUUUGCGAGAACAAUACUUAAUCGUUGUGUCAGAGACCGAAGAGGAUGGUACCGAUGAGCUGAUAGAGCGCGUGUCAAAACGUCAAUUGAAGCGAUCCUCCAGCUUGGACUUAAGUCGUAGCAGUGCCAAGGAGCUGCUGGCGGAUAAACAGGAUCAGCAACAAUUGCCGCUCUUCCGUUGGCACAAUCCGGACUGCAGCGAUAACAGCCGAAAGAUGGGAAUCCAGGAGGAUAUAAGUCUGUCUGCUAGCGUUGAUAUUCAAGUGGGCUACAGCGAAAUGCCCAACACAUCAAGUGAGACAGCUUCUCAGCAACAAUCACAGCAACAUCAUCAAGUGAUUGUGGAGGUGGUGUCUGCUGAAUUGCAGCCACAGCAGCAGCCAUCGCCUCGUCCAUGUGCCGAGGUCGUUGAGCAAUCACAGCAAGUAGUAGAAGUACAGCACUUGGAGGUACAACGUCAGCAAGAGCAACAGCGGCUACAGCAGCAACCCCAACAGCAGCAGCAUCCUCAACAACAAUAUCAGCCACAUAUUGCUGCUGCAGCAAAUCGACUGCCAGCAGCAACAACAGCCAAUUCACGCGAUAUGGAGCCACUUCGUCAGCAACUUAUGCAUCGCAUCAUCUUGCCACAACUACAAACUGAAGACUUGCCGGAAUCUAGCAUCGUUAACAACAAUGCUGUUAGUCUAAUGAAUCAAAAUCUGCAGCCACAUUUUAUAGAUAGUUCGAUGGGUGACAGUGAAUGGACGCAGUUGCAGUACGAUAAAUAUGCACUUGUUCUGAGUUCUCAACAUCAGCAACAACAACAGCAGCAGCAACAUCAACAACAGCAGCAGCAAAAUCAACAACAGCAACAGCGACAGCAACAAUUAGUUCCUUUGUGGCAGCAACAGCAGCCAUCGUAUCAAAUGUCCCAUCAAGAGCAUCAACAUUUGGAGGCGGGACAAGAAGAGUUGCAGCAAUUGAAUGCACAAUAUCAGCGCUUAAAGUGCCAGAAGGAGGAGAAAUUAAAGUGUUUAAAUAAUACACUCAAAGAAGUCUAUGCGGAUCGAUUGCUAAACGAGCGGCAACACGCUGAUUAUCAUCGUUUCUAUAUGCACAAAAUGGUGGAGAGUAAAAAACAUGAGGAUAGUUUGCAUGCUCAAAGGGAUCAACUGAAGAGACAGCUAAAAGAGGACUUAGACAGCUUAGAACAGCGCAUUGCUGAGAAGCAUCGACAGUUGCAAGAGCGCUCCAGAUCGUGGCAAUGGCAGCAGCAUCCUCAGCUGCAACCUCCUCCGUAUCAACCACGUUUGCAGUGCUUUCAGGAUGCCUUCUCGCAAUACGCCGAGUCGCAGCUGGUAGAUUCCAAUAACACACUGAUGCCACCGCCACCGCCACCGCCCCCACCAGUGACGACAACAACACUAGCAUCACUGCGACCAACGCCAAUGCAACCACCACCACCACCAGUUGCAUAUCGCACUGACAUCAGGCAACACCCUACUCGCAGUGGGCGCAUGAUGAGACGUCGCCACACCAUCGAUCAUAGAGCCAAUAAUAUGAUGUUAUAUCCACCAUAUGCAACACCAGCUGCUCCACCAAGAGACACGCUUCGCCGGACAAAUGUUACAGCAGCAAGUGCAGCACACUUUUCGCGUCCUGACACAUCUACAACAGUUGCCAACGAGAGAAACCAUGUGAAUCAGGCAAUUGAACAAACUGCAAUUACGUCCAUCAUCAGCAAUUAUGUGACAAACUAUUUGAAUGACAUGGAAUCAAGAAAUCCAUAAAAUGUAUUGUAUUAUAUUAUAUGUAUAUCUUGU